AUGUCAAUUGAUAAUACCAUAUCUAAGUAUAUUGACUAUUUAACCAAACAAUUCGAUCAUAUAGAAUGCACCGAAUCAAUUUUAUCCUAUCCACUAGAUAAAGAAUAUUUCUCUCCAGAUUUAUCGGAGGGAGAAUGGUUAGUUGAAGAGCACAAUGUGAAAGAGUCAGCUAUAUCCACACUUAAGGUUUUGGCUAUAGAAGCUCUCUUUAUUGAAUGGUUUAACAAUUACAAAAAGAGCUGUUCUGCCAAUACUACUCAACAAGAAAAAAAUAUUGACACUUUUGAUCAACCACCAACAGAAUUAAGAUUAAUGUAUAAGUUUUGUGGUAUUUUAGACAUGAUUUAUUACUGUAGAUCAAAUUUAGCCACAUCAACGCCCAUAUCCAAAGUGGUUGAUCCAUGGACAACUUUAUAUUUUCAGAGUAUAAUAACUGUUUUCCAGUUAUUCCCAAAUACUGAACAUCAAUUAAUCUUUAUAAAAUAUGUUUUUUCUAGAAUAGAAUGGUUGAAACAGGGCAAAGAAACAACCCCCCUAAAAUAUGGGUUUAAUAACCUAAGCGGUAUUAGAGCGCCAUUGUCAUCAUUUUUAUUGGAAAUUAAUAAUUUUAUUAAAAAACUUUCUGUAAAUAAUAAAUUCAAUACUUUAUUGGACAAUAGGUUAGUUAUGCAAUUUCAAUGGUUAAUAUCCCAGUUGUGUACAUUAGAUGAGGGUGUUAAUACCAACAAAGAAUGUUUAGUUGCAAAGAGUAACGCCUCUACCAACGGCAUUGAUGAUACUACCGCUACAGAAAAUAAUAUCACCCAAGGUAAUAGUGUUGUUACUAAUGAUGCUAAAUUACCACCAUUUAUCUAUGAUUAUUUACAUAUUAAGACAAUGAUUUUGGAUAAUCCAUUCAAUGCAUUUACCAAGCUAGAACACGACGUUUCAGGACAGACAAAAUACAAAAGUUUUUCGAAAAGAUUAAAUGACUUUAUUAAAUUUUUAAUUGGUAAAGAGAGAACAUUUUACGAAACUGUGGAAAGAAAUAAGCAAGAUUUUUUUAGUAUACAAAAUGCACUAAACAAACAAAUUUGUAGUAUUGGCUGGAAAUAUGAAAAUAUGCGUAAACCUUUACCGCCUAACAUCGAACUUUACAAAAUUUACGAAAAUGCAAUAAUGAACUCCUUGUUUGAUGUAGAUGUCAAAUUGGACAAGAAAUCUUUGGAUUUCAACACAUUGUUACAGAACUCCAAGUCUGAUUUUCAUAGAAAAUAUAUUAUCAUUAGGUUAUUUAAUGUUUUGUUUUUUUACAAAAAUUUAUAUGAACAUGAUGAUCUUGCAUCAAUAUAUUUGAGUAAGAACUUGGAUUUGGAGGAAAAGUUAAUGGUUGAUAAGAACUCCAAAAUAAUUUUUGAACAUUUAAAGGAGUUAUCACUUACAAAUAUUAAAACUAUUUCGGAUUUUUAUAGACACUAUGAUCCUGUUUUUAUUGAAAGAUUAGAAAAACUAUUUACUUUUGAAAGUAAACAUCUAUUGAUGGAGAGAUUAAAUUUUAAUGCUAGCACUGCCAUACCUAGCGAUAUGAAACCCAGUACUAUGAUAUGUCAAGAUAUUAUUGGCACAUCUAUUGAUGAUUUACCUCGAAUAAAUUAUUCAUUUAAAAAAAAAUCCUUUAUUAAACUAGGUGAUAGCAAAAUAAAUAAUAUAUGGAAAAUUGGUUAUGAUUUGGAUUCAGAUAUUACAACAACUGGUAACAAUGAUGAUGUAGAUGUUCUGUUAUACAACGAAUUAAAGAGUAAGUAUGAUUUCAACCAAGAAGGUGCAGGUGAUAGCAAGAGCCAAAGUGAUGAUAACGAUAGUGCACUUCAAGAUUGGAGAUAUUUAAGACUGUUGAGAAACAAACAUUUAUUUGAAUUUAACCAAGUCGAUGAACGGACUGGUAUUAAUGGGUUGUUUGAUUCUAAAUUGAUUGAACAAAGUAUACGAGAUGAUUUGGAUAACCAAGCCCACUUAGAUAAAGAACAAGAAAUGAAAAUAAAGGAAGCACAAGGAUAUAUUGAAACAAUUAGACAAAGAGGUAUCCAAACACAAUUGGAAAAAGUAAGGAAGCAUUUGAGAUCUAAUAAUACUUCUACUGCCACUGCUAGUCUUAUCUCUAGAAGUAAUACAACAACGCCGGAACCAAGACAGAUGGUAAUGAGAAAACGUAAAAUAAUGGAAGAUUUAUAUGACGAUGAUGAUGUAUAUAGAUCAAGAAAUAAAAAAGUUAAAGUGGAACCAGACGAAAAAAAAAAAAAUUAA